GAAGAAACAGCCAUUGAACAGGCUAUACAACUUAGCCUGCAGCAACAUGGAGAGGACAAGGAACCACUAAUUGUUGCCCAACCAGAAGAAGUAGAAAUUUCCAGUGACCAGUUUACGGAGGUAAUGAAGUCACACGCCAGUAGCCAAAUAUCUGGUGAACACCGAAACAUAGUGAGCAGGGCCUCCAUAUGGGCAACAGCUUUGCCAUACUUCAAAAGGAAAAAUUUUGCUGGAGGCAAAGGCUUGAUACACGUCACAUUUGCAAAUUUUGAGGAAGAGGAGGAUGCGAUUGACUUGUGUGGCCCAAGGCGUGAGUUUCUACACCUACUGCUGGGUGCUAUCUGUAAAGAUAGCAAAACUGUCACAGGUACCGUAUCUUUGAAGUCAACUUUUGUUUUCCAUCUUUUUCAUCCAAUUCAUGAAACGUUGUUUAUGUUUGAUUGAUUCCAUCUUCUAAAUAGUGCCAUGAAAGUAAUUUUAUAAUUUAAAGGUUAAAGAUCUUUAUACCUUAAAAAGAGUGAUAGGCAUUACCGGUAGCUUUUUUGGGGUCGGGGGCGGGGGAAGGUGGGGGGAGAGGAAAUUAAUAAGAGCUUUAACAAUAGGCAAUUUGCAUUACCAAUGUGAGACAAUGUUAGUGAUAAAAUGUAACGUAAUAAUCUUUUUUGUAGGAACGCCCAAAGGCCAUGUCAUUCGUUUCAAUGUAAAGGCAUUGAGAGAGAAUGAUUACUACAUUGUUGGGUUGAUGCUGGCAACUAUUAUCUUACAAGGGGGUGAACCGCCGAACAUAUUCAGCCCUUCAAUUUGUCAGUACAUUACAUCGGGCUUGGAAAAGUGCGCUCCGACCAUUGAAGAAAUUCCUAAUGCACUUGUCAGAACGUCUCUAUUAAAGGUAUUAUUGUGUCAUCAUAGUAUCACAUCAGGAGGUUGAUGAAUGUAAUUUAAUUUAAAGGUGUAAUUGAGACUGUAUUGAACAUCAAAAACAUGAAUUUUCUGAGCCAUGUGGUGAUUACCAAGGAAUAGUGUUAGAUACUCUUAGAUACUGUUGCACAGUUUCAAGCAAAAGAAAAAAAAGAAAACUGUUUUAAAAUGACCAGAUGGUCUUCCUGUAAUUAAGUUUCCACAGUUCUCACUGGUUACAUGUUUGACUUAUAUUUUUAGAUGGACACUUCUUGAGGUCAUGCAAGAACAGUCUCCUGAUUUGACAGAAGGAGAAGUUAAGUUCAUUCCGAAACUGACUCCCCAUCAUUUGCUUAUGUUUGCAACAGGAGCUGCACAGGUGCCUGUCACUAGUUUUGACUCUGUUCCUUCCAGCCACUUUUUACAUGAUGAGUCCAAAUCAGUACCCAGUGCAUCAACAUGUUCCAACACACUAUAUUUGUAUGUCAAUGAAACAACAAUACAUAAUCCCAUUCACAGAUAUCUUGUCACAGCACUGAUAGCGGUACAUUAA